AUGUUGUCGCGGUCCCUGGCCGUCGCCGGCGCGUUCGUCGUGUCAAUCGCUAGCAGGGUCUCCCCAGCCAGCGCAAGCGCCCUCCAGGCCGAUCUAGACUAUGCUGUAUACGAAGGCUAUACUAACGCCACCUCCGGGCUGAACGAGUGGAGAGGGAUCCGCUACGCCGCCGCUCCCGUCGGCGCCCUGCGCUGGCAGGCGCCCAAAGCACCACCGACAAACCGCACCGCAGUCGUCUCGGCCGCCGAGUCGGGACCCCAGUGCCCGCAGGCCUAUCCAGCCGGCUCGCCGUUUCCCUUCACGGCGGGCGACGAGGACUGCCUGUUCCUCGAUGUCUACGCGCCGCAGAACGCCUCGGGUCUGCCGGUGCUGGUGUGGAUCCACGGCGGCGGAUAUGGCUUCGGGAACGGGUAUCAGUAUGACCUGGGUCCCUUCGUCAAUGCCAACAACAACAGCCUGGUGGCUGUCAGUGUCCAGUAUAGACUGGGCGUCUUCGGAUUCCUCUCAUCGCAAGAGAUCAAGGACAGGGGCGUCCUGAACGCCGGCCUGCUCGACCAGGCAUUCGCUCUGGAAUGGGUACAGAAGAACAUCAAGCAAUUCGGUGGCGACCCGAGCCGAGUCACGAUCUCGGGAGAGUCGGCGGGCGGGGGGAGUGUCAUGCUCCACGCCAUGGCGGCCAAUGCCAGCGUGGGAACCAAGCUCUUUCAAAACGCGAUUGCUGCUUCCCCUUAUCUGCCAACGCAAUGGAAGUUCAAUGACAACGUACCAACACAGAAGUAUUACAACUUCUCCGUGGAAGUUGGCUGCCCAAACAACGGGUCCGUCUUUGAUUGUUUGCUCACGAAGAACACGACCACGUUGCAAGUGGCCAAUAAUGACAUGUCCCAAGUAAGGGCCACAUAUGGCGAAUGGGCAUUCCUCCCGGUCACAGACGGGUCUUACGUGACCCAGCUCCCAAGCCAACAGCUGCAGAACAAGCAGGUCAAUGGGGUUCGCAUGCUGAGCGGCAACAACGCCAACGAAGGAGGGCUGUUCGCCCAUAAUCCAGGGGCUCCCAUCACCACCGAGAGCGGCGUCCGGGCAUUCGUCGCCGAGCGCUUCCCUAACCUCUCGCAGCAGGACAUUGACGAGAUCGUUGCCGCAUACCCCGGUUCGGAAAAUCAGACAGACUUCAAGCAGGAGACGGACGGGCUGCGCGGUCCGUACGCAACCAACGUGAGCCAGGAUGCCGUCGGCCCGCAGCAGCAGGCCAAUGCCAUCUACGCCGAGUCGACCUUCGUGUGCCCGGCCUACUGGCUCGCGUCAGCCUUCACCGGCGCCGGCGCCAGCUCGGCCGCGUACCACUACCAGUACAGCGUGCCGUUUGCGCAGCACCAGGCCGACAUCAGCGCGUACUGGGGCCCGGCGACGCCGAACCUGAGCGCGGGCUUCGUGGCGGCGUUCCAGCAGAUGUGGGGAAGCUUCGUCGCGCAGGGCCGGCCGGCCAUCGUCACCACCAGCAGCAACGGCUCCGCCGCCGCGCCGCCGCCCAGCUUCCUGGCCUGGACCGACCAGGCCCCGCGUCUGCUCAACCUCAACCAGACCGGCGGCGUGCCCUACUCGGCGCUCUCCAACUGGGGCACCCCCGUCACCCAGUACGCGGACCCCGGGCUGGUCAGCGUGUUUCAGACCGCGGAUGCGCACCAGUGGGAGGCCGGGCGGGGCCAGCGGUGUGAGCUGUGGAGGAGCCUGGGCCCCAAGAUCUUGAAGUAG